AUGAAUCAGUCAGGGAUCAAAUGCAGCAAAGAUUGGCUGGGACCUGGUGUAACCAAGGCUGGACUUGGAGGGCUCAAUGCUGGUGGUGGAGCUUGUGAAACCAAUGGCGGUGGAGGCGGCGGAGGUGGCGAAGAUAAUGGUGGAACUGGAGGUACUGGAGGUGUUGGUGCUGGUAAUGGUGGUGGUGGUGGUGGUGGUGGUACUGAUGUAGAGGGAUUUUGUGGGCUAGAAAUUUCACCACCCGCAGGCGGUGCUAGUCCUCCUCCUCCUGCUGGUGGUGGUGGUGGUGGUACUGAACUUUCGCUAGGACUAGGAUUAGGAUUAGGAUUUGGAGUAGGACUUGUAAGAGACGAGCUUGGUGGACUGGGGUUAGGCACCACUGGAGAUUGGUAA